AUGGCGGAUUCAACGACAGCCUCCGCACCGAAGCCGAGCAGCAGCGUGAAGCUCGUCCUCCUCGGCGAGGCCGCAGUGGGAAAGUCCUCCCUCGUCCUCCGCUUCGUGAACAACGACUUCCAGCCCAACAAAGAACCUACUAUCGGCGCCGCCUUCCUCACGCAAAAAUGCCAGCUGCCGAACCGCAUCAUCAAAUUCGAAAUCUGGGACACUGCGGGGCAGGAGCGCUUCGCCAGCCUGGCGCCCAUGUACUAUCGCAAUGCGCAGGCCGCGCUGGUAGUCUACGACAUCACGAAACCGAGCAGUCUCGUCAAAGCGAAGCAUUGGGUGGCGGAACUACAGCGACAGGCGUCACCGGGGAUUGUCAUCGCCCUCGUGGGCAAUAAACUGGAUCUCUGCGAAGAUGAUGGACCCGAGCAAGAUCAGCAAGAUGGCGAGGGCGUGGAUGAGCAGCAGGAGGAUGAGGUGGCGAGGAAGGUCAGCACGGAGGAGGCAAAGGCAUACGCGGAGGAGGAGAGCUUGCUGUUCUUCGAGACGAGUGCGAAGACGGGUCACAAUGUGGGCGAGGUGUUCACCGCGAUAGCGAAUGGCAUUCCCGAGGCGAGUUUGAAGGGUCCGAAGGGCGCGGGCGCCGGCACGCAGUCUGCUAUUAGCGCUGCGCAGGACAGCACCCGGGUCAACCUGAACGCGGGCAAUGGAAAUGCAGGGCCGAAGGAGGGUUGUGCUUGUUAG